GGCUCCGUCCCAGGGCCGGCCAGGCUCCUUGAACCAGCAGCGUGGAGGCAGCACGAGUGUGCGGAGCGCCAUGCAGUGCUUGGGGGUCCCGAACCGGAGCCGCAGCCGCAGGCGCACCAGGGAUCUUUAUCUUCAGGAGCAGAGCCUCAAAGUUGCGCUGCAGAAUGGGCGGAGGCUGGGUCUACAAGAUGACCAAGACCUGCAGGCCCUGCUGAAGGGCAGCCAGCUCCUGAAGGUCAAGUCCAGUUCAUGGCGGAGAGAGCGCUUCUACAAGCUGCAGGAAGACUGCAAGACCAUCUGGCAGGAGUCCCGCAAGGUCAUGAGGUCCCCAGAGUCGCAGCUGUUCUCCAUCGAGGACAUUCAGGAGGUGCGCCUGGGGCACCGCACCGAGGGCUUGGAGAAGUUUGCCCGUGAUGUGCCCGAAGACCGCUGCUUCUCAAUCAUCUUCAAGGACCAGCGCAGUCCGCUCGACCUCAUCGCCCCAUCCCCCGCCGAUGCCCAGCACUGGGUACAGGGGCUGCGCAAGAUCAUCCACCAUUCGGGCUCCAUGGACCAGCGGCAGAAGCUGCGGCACUGGAUUCACUCCUGCUUGCGCAAAGCGGACAAGAACAAAGACAACAAGAUGAGCUUCAAAGAGCUGCAGAACUUCCUGAAGGAGCUCAACAUCCAGGUGGACGACGGCUAUGCCCGCAAGAUCUUCAGGGAGUGUGAUCGCUCGCAGACGGACUCACUGGAGGAUGAGGAGAUCGAGGCCUUCUACAAGAUGCUGACCCAGCGGGAGGAGAUCGACCGCGCCUUCGCCGAGGCCGCGGGCUCAGCCCCGGUGUUGUCAGUGGAUCAGCUGGUGGCAUUCCUGCAACACGUGCAGCGGGAGGAGGAGGCAGGGCCCAGACUCGCCCUCUCCCUCAUUGAACGCUAUGAGCCCAAUGAGACUGCCAAGGCCCAGCGCCAGAUGACCAAGGAUGGCUUCCUCAUGUACCUGCUGUCGGCAGACGGCAGCGCCUUCAACUUGGCACACCGGCGUGUGUACCAGGACAUGAGCCAGCCGCUCAGCCACUACCUGGUAUCCUCAUCCCACAACACCUACCUGCUGGAGGACCAGCUCACAGGGCCCAGCAGCACGGAAGCCUACAUCCGGGCAUUGUGCAAGGGCUGCCGCUGCCUGGAGCUCGACUGCUGGGAUGGGUCCAACCAGGAGCCGGUCAUCUACCAUGGCUACACAUUCACAUCCAAGAUCCUCUUCUGUGAUGUCCUCAGGGCCAUCCGUGACUACGCCUUCAAGGUGUCCCCCUACCCUGUCAUUCUGUCCCUGGAGAACCACUGUAGUCUGGAGCAGCAGCGCGUGAUGGCACGGCACCUUAACACCCUUCUGGGCCCCAUGCUGCUGGAUAGACCACUCGACGGGGUCACCAGCAACCUGCCCUCCCCUGAGCAACUGAAGGGCAAGAUCUUGCUGAAGGGGAAGAAGCUGGGGGGGCUCCUGCCCUCCGCAGGGGAAGGAGGCCCCGAGGCCGCGGUGGUGUCGGAUGAGGAUGAAGCCGCCGAGAUGGAAGAUGAGGCGGUGCGCAGCCGCGUGCAGCACAAGGCCAAGGAGGACAAGGUCAGGCUAGCACAGGAGCUCUCCGACCUGGUCAUUUACUGCAAGAGUGUCCACUUCGGGGGCUUCUCCAGCCCCGGCUCGCCGAGGCGGGCUUUCUGCGAGAUGAUGUCCUUCUCCGAGAACCGCGCCCUCCGCCUGCUGCAGGAGUCAGGAAACAACUUUGUCCGCCACAACGUGAGGCACCUGAGCCGCAUUUACCCAGCUGGCUGGAGAACAGACUCCUCCAACUACAGCCCAGUGGACAUGUGGAAUGGGGGCUGCCAGAUCGUGGCCUUGAACUUCCAGACCCCCGGGCCUGAGAUGGACGUGUACCAGGGUCGUUUCCUGGACAACGGGACCUGCGGCUACGUGCUGAAGCCAUCCUUCCUAAGAGACCCCAACACCACCUUCAACCCCCGGGCCCUGGACCAGGGCCCCUGGUGGGCCCGGAAGCGGCUCAGCGUCAGGAUCAUCUCAGGCCAACAGCUACCAAAAGUCAACAAGAGUAAGAACUCCAUCGUGGACCCCAAGGUGACGGUGGAGAUCCAUGGUGUGAGCCGGGACACGGCCAGCCGCCAGACGGCGGUCAUCACCAACAACGGUUUCAACCCAUGGUGGGACACGGAGUUUGAAUUCGAGGUGGUGGUGCCAGAGCUUGCCCUGGUGCGCUUCGUGGUGGAAGAUUACGACGCCUCCUCCAAAAACGACUUCAUCGGCCAGAGCACCAUCCCGCUGUACAGCCUCAGGCAGGGAUACCGCCAUGUCCACCUCUUGUCCAAGACCGGAGACCAGCACCCGUCAGCCACUCUCUUUGUGAAGAUUUCCCUCAAGGACUAAGCAUGUGGGGGGCUCCCCACGGGGUCUCUCUUGAGGGGAGCAGACCCUCGGCCCACCCUGUGGGCUGGCGCUACCAUGGCUGUACCAGGCCAGAGGUCCUGCACUACACCACACUGCGUGGGUCCCUCUGUAUGUUCUAUGCUGCUGCUCUGGGGCCAGGGGGCUGGCGGGUCCCUGGAGUUGUCCUCGGUCACUGCAGCCCGCCCACCCUCUGGAGCCAGCCCUAGAUCAAGAGUUUUUAUGUUUGUUGGUGUUUGUGUAUACAUGUGUGAGUGUGUGUGUGCAUUUGCGCGGGUAUAGGCACGUAUGCAAAUGUGUGUGCCUCUGUAUGCAGGGACAGUGUGAAAUCACACACACAAACACACUCUCACAGCCUUGGCAGGGCCCCCAGCUUUUACUGACUGGGGAGAGGGCCCAGGGGCUCGGGGGUGUUGGGGACUCAGGCUGGGCAGGGGUUCAGAAGAAACCCAGCCGCUUUUUCUCCUGCUGCUGCUUCCAUUUGGCCAUGCUGUAGAACUCCUGCUUGGAUUUCCCAAAGACAUCUUGGAAGUCUGAAUCUGACAGGUAGAACUGGGGAGGGUGCGGGGGGGGGGGGAGGGAGGUGAUGCCUGAGCCCCAGGGGUCCAGGGCAGGGGUCUCCCAGCGCCACCCCAGGUGGAUCCCACCCAGCCCUCCCACUCUGUUUCCCAUAUGCUAGGGCAACCGGGCUUCCAGUACCCACCUCCUUGCGAGUGGGGU